AUGGAACACACCAAGAUCGUUAAGGGAGCUGAUGGAGCCGUUCUGCGCCGCUCUGGUCAGAUCCUGGAGAGGUGGCGAGAGUACUACAAUCACUUGUGUAACGAAGAGUUCUGUCAUCCUCCCAUCCCAACUGUUCCCAGCGUCGAGGGUCCUGUUCUACCAAUUACUGCCGUCGAAGUCAGUGCUGCCCUCGCAAAAAUGAAGUCGAACAAGGCAACCGACCCUGAUGACAUAUCUGCUGAUGUCUGGAAGCUGCUAGGAGAUCGAGGGUCCGUGUGGCUCGCAACUCUAUUUAACAAGAUCGUUGCAGAAGGACGGCGAAUUUCCGUGACCGUGCCUGUAUGGAAAGGGAAAGGAGACAUUGCUGACUGCACUUUGUUCAGGCCUAUACGACUGCUGUGCCAUACGAUGAAGGUUUUUGAGCUGGAAGCUCGUCUGAUGAAAAUUGUCAGGAUUUGCUCAACCAGUGCGGCUUUGUGA